AUGGAGUGGCUUUUGUUUGCCGUGGCAACUUGUUUGCUAUCCCUCUGCCCUGUCAAAGGGAACGAAUGGAGGCUGGAAUAUGAAGAAGGACUAAGUCACAACAGCAAGGAAGCUCUCAAGAAGGAGUUUCCUGAGAAAACAAGGCCAAUCAGUUUCAAACAUCCACUAUUCAUGUGUCCUGACAUGAGCCCCUCCUCUUCUGUGCCCACCUCAGUUGAGCGGGUGAAGGCGGCCGAUAUUAAAGUGAUUGCUGCUCUUGGGGAUUCAUUGACAACAGCCAUUGGUGCAAAUGCGACAACAGUUCUUGGCAUACCUAUUGAAUUUCGACACGUGUCAUGGAGCAUUGGGGGUUAUGGAUCCUUUCAAGAUGUCAUUACACUUGCAAACAUCAUUCGACUCUUCAACCCAAAUGUAGUGGGACCUGCCCCAGCCAAGACAGUCCAUGGAACCCCAGCUCCUCUGUGUGAGACAGGAUUUAACCUGGCCGUAACCGGACAUAAUACCUUUAAUCUACCUGAACAAGUCUGGCAUUUGAUUGACACAUUGAAAACGUAUGAGAAAAUUAACUUUGAUGAAGACUGGAAACUCUUGACCAUUCUAAUUGGGAUGAAUGACAUCUGUGAUUACUGCAAAGACAAGGCAUUGCUUACAAAGCUGUUUUUCUGGACAAAUCUAUUGGCAGAGUGA